GAUCCAACAAAACUGGAAGUCUCCUUCUCUCAGAGAAGGUUUCUCUUAAGGUUUUUACACUGAGCGAUUCUUCUCCUUCGCCGCAACACCUUCUCCUGAGCUGUAAUCAUUCCUUGAGACCUUGACAUAGCUAUGAUCGUUGGUUAAUGGCGAUUUCUGAAUCCAACCCUGACUCAAAUCUUAGCAUUCAAGCUGGAGAUGAAUGGCAAAAGCUUCCUCUAUUCGCCAAUUCGUCACAUCCAGAUUCAUCGUCCCCGGAACGGGUCUGCUUAAGGGUUUCAAACUUGUCGAAGAUUCCAACUCUAUUACACACCUCUUCCAAGUCCACGCGAGGCUAAUCACCUCCGGUAACUUCUGGGAUUCAUCUUGGGCUAUCAGAUUGUUGAAGUCUUCUUCGCGUUUUGGUGAUUCUAGCUACACCGUUUCGAUAUACCGCAGCAUUGGCAAGCUUUACUGCGCAAAUCCCGUCUUUAAGGCUUAUUUGGUCUCGUCUUCUCCGAAACAAGCGUUGGGGUUUUACUUCGAUAUACUAAGAUUUGGUUUUGUUCCUGAUUCAUACACCUUCGUUUCGUUGAUUAGUUGUAUUGAGAAGACUUGUUGCGUUGAUUCUGGUAAAAUGUGUCAUGGGCAAGCCAUUAAGCAUGGAUGCGAUCAAGUUUUGCCUGUUCAAAAUUCGUUAAUGCAUAUGUAUACUUGUUGUGGUGCUUUGGAUCUUGCAAAGAAGCUGUUUGUUGAAAUUCCUAAGAGAGAUAUUGUGUCCUGGAACUCUAUAAUAGCUGGGAUGGUGAGGAAUGGUGAUGUUUUGGCUGCACACAAGUUGUUCGAUGAAAUGCCUGACAAAAACAUUAUUUCUUGGAAUAUCAUGAUUAGUGCUUAUUUGGGUGCGAAUAAUCCUGGAGUUUCCAUUAGUUUGUUCCGUGAGAUGGUCAGAGCAGGGUUCCAAGGAAAUGAGAGUACGUUGGUUUUGUUGUUGAAUGCUUGUGGUAGAUCAGCUAGAUUGAAGGAAGGUAGGUCGGUUCAUGCUUCUUUGAUAAGAACCUUUCUGAAUUCGAGUGUAGUUAUUGAUACAGCUCUUAUUGACAUGUAUGGAAAGUGCAAGGAAGUAGGUUUAGCACGUAGGAUAUUCGAUAGUCUAUCUAUUAGAAACAAAGUUACUUGGAAUGUGAUGAUAUUGGCACAUUGUCUUCACGGGCGUCCUGAAGGUGGGCUCGAGUUAUUUGAAGCCAUGAUCAAUGGUAUGCUUAGACCCGAUGAAGUGACAUUUGUUGGUGUUCUCUGCGGUUGUGCUAGAGCUGGGCUUGUUUCUCAAGGACAAAGUUACUAUUCUCUGAUGGUUGAUGAGUUCCAGAUCAAACCCAACUUUGGACACCAAUGGUGCAUGGCUAAUCUUUACUCCAGCGCCGGGUUCCCUGAAGAAGCAGAGGAAGCUCUGAAGAAUCUGCCAGAUGAAGAUGUGACACCAGAAUCUACAAAGUGGGCAAACUUGCUCAGCUCGUCGCGUUUUACAGGAAACCCGACUCUAGGGGAGAGCAUUGCCAAGUCCCUGAUAGAGACAGAUCCUUUGAACUACAAGUAUUACCAUUUGCUGAUGAAUAUUUACAGUGUUACGGGACGGUGGGAGGAUGUUAAUAGAGUGAGAGAGAUGGUGAAGGAGAGGAAAAUAGGACGAAUACCCGGGUGUGGCCUUGUGGACUUGAAGGAGAUAGUCCAUGGCCUUAGACUAGGAUGCAAAGAAGCAGAAAAGGUGUUCACUGAGACUAGUUUAGAAAAAUGCUACAGUGAUUCACCGUCAUAAUAAAGUUAAAUCCCCAAGUUAAAAGCAUACGGUUGCUCUUUUACCAGAUCCAGGGUAUGAAAAGUCAUAAAUGGAAGCUGUGUCCAUGAGUUUGGUCUGUUUUUGCAGACAAAGAGUAGUAAAAUCCUUGUUUAGAAUGGAAAGAAGAGAAGUUAAUAGUCUCUCAAAAUGUACUUGAUCCUGUUUCAUUUUUGUUCUUUUUGGGGUCAGAUUUGUCAAUUCUUUAAUUUGAGAAAGGCUUUUACACAAUCAAUGUGAGGAAAAAGGGUAAAUCAAAUUCUAAAUCAUGUGAUCUAUUUACGUAAUUUAA